AUGCGCCCCGGGCUGGCGCUGUGGCUGCUGCUCGCCGGCGCCGCGCACACCGUCGGAGCCCUCCCCGGACUGUGCGAUGUGCUGCGGGUGCUGUGGGAGGAGCGGGACAAGUGCCUGCAAGAACUCUCUGCAGAGAGGACAGGAGACGGUGGCACGGAGCCACCAGCCCCAGGCUGCGCGGGGCUGUGGGAAAACAUGAGCUGCUGGCCCUCCUCUGAGCCCGGACAGACGGUGGAAGUGGAGUGUCCACGAUUCCUCUGGAUGCUCACGGGCAGAAACGGCUCCAUGUUUCGAAACUGCACACCGGGCGGCUGGUCAGAAGUCUUUCCCAGGCCUGACUUGGCCUGUGGGGUUAACAUGAACGACUCGUCCAACGAGAGCAACGAGAAGCGGCACAGGUACCUGCUGAAGCUGAAGGUCAUGUACACCGUGGGCUACAGCUCCUCCCUGGUGAUGCUCCUGGUGGCCCUCAGCAUCCUCUGUUCUUUCAGGAGGCUCCACUGCACCCGCAACUACAUCCACAUGCACCUGUUCGUGUCCUUCAUCCUGCGCGCCCUGUCCAACUUCAUCAAGGAUGCUGUGCUCUUCUCGGACGACAGUGACCACUGUGAAACCCACAGGGUGGGCUGCAAGCUGGUCAUGGUCUUCUUCCAAUACUGCAUCCUGGCCAACUACGCCUGGCUGCUGGUGGAGGGCCUCUACCUUCACACCCUGCUCGCCAUCUCCUUCUUCUCAGAGAGGAAGUGCCUCCAGGGCUGUGUCGCCCUCGGAUGGGGCUCCCCGGCCAUUUUCGUUGCUUCGUGGGCUGUCACCAGGCACUUCCUGGAAGAUGUGGGGUGCUGGGACAUCAACGCCAAUCCGUCUGUCUGGUGGGUCAUCCGAGGGCCUGUGCUCCUCUCCAUCCUGAUUAACUUCAUACUUUUUGUAAACAUCCUAAGAAUCCUGAUGAGAAAGCUGAGAACCCAAGAGACAAGAGGAAACGAAGUAAACCAUUAUAAACGGCUGGCCAAGUCCACCCUCCUGCUGAUUCCGCUCUUCGGCGCCCACUAUAUCAUCUUCGCCUUCUCGCCAGACGAUGCCAUGGAGAUCCAGCUGUUCUUUGAACUGGCCCUGGGCUCCUUUCAGGGCCUGGUGGUGGCCGUCCUCUACUGCUUCCUCAAUGGGGAGGUGCAGCUGGAGGUUCAGAAGAAGUGGCGGCAGUGGCACCUGCGUGAGCUUCCACUGCGCCCCCUGGCCCUCAGCAACUCCACCAGCAUCGGCACCAGCAGCCUCACCCACGGCACCAAGGCCAGCCCCUUGGAGCCGGGUCGGGGCACCUGCAGGGCCAGCGUCAUCUGA